AUGGACGCACAACUGGUUCAUCAGACAGGUCAUUGGGUAGUCCAGACGGAUUGCUCAAAUGCCUUCAACACGGGCAAGCGCACCGCCAUAAUGGCCCAGGCCGCAAAGAGCGUCCCAGAUCUCGUGGGGUACAUCGCCAGGUGUUACGACGAAAUCCCGGCAAAGGCGAUAUACACGAUGGACUCCGGAGAGCGUCGGACGAUCGAGUGCAAGAGCGGUGUGCAGCAAGGAGAUGGAAUGGGACCGCCCCUGUUCUGCUUCAUCCUAGUCCCGAUCGUCUUGAAGCUUAGAGCCAAGUACGACCACCUCGGGCUGGUGGUGGAGGACGUGGCGGAGGACCAGGAGCCAAGCACUUCAUUCGGCACGGAAGAACGAUCCAAGGCGGGCUCCACACCCGGGGCGCCGCCAUCAGGAGCAGCACCGGCGCCAGCUCCAGCAUCGGCGCCAGCUCCAGCACCGGCACCAGCUCCAGGAUCAGGAAGCGCAGGAGCAGCGGCAGCAGCAACACCAGCAGCGACAGCAGCAACACCCACACCAGCACCAGCGUCAGGAGCUCCGGUGGCCAACGAUGGCAAAUCCGGCAACAUGAUGUUUCCCGGAGAGACAGAGUGGGGAGAUGGGCUCGGCGGCGUUCUCUUCGGUACGCCGGCACAGAACAAGGGCAAGAGGAAGAAAGGGCGGCUGGAGCUGGAGUCGCCGGAUUUCCCGAUUCCCGACCAUGGUGGUGGAACCCAAAGGAAGCGCUACACCUUGCAGUUCAAGGUGAAUGCCGUGAGGUACUCGCAGAGAAAGCUCAAGGGGGCGCAAGGACCGGGCGGGACUGUUGGCGUAACAUACGCCAGCAGGAUCCUCAAGAUUCCCGACAAGGCCACGUUGGCGGCGUGGGUCAAAGACGUCGACAAGUACGAAGCCGCGCUUGCGGAGGAGACCAAGUACUCGCGAGUGAAGGGCAGGAAGAAAGCCAAGCACCGCAUGUCGCUGAACGUCGGACGGACUAGGACGCACACGGACGCCGAACGCGAGGUCGUGGACUGGAUCAAUGAUCUGCGUUCUGACGGCAUCUCCGCCCGUGUCUCGACGAGGAUGAUCAAGAACAAGGCCACGGAACUCAACCCGAACUUCUUCGGGGAGAGGCCGCCGCCGUCCGACAUCGAGGGCAACCUGCGGUACACCCGCACGAAGACCGCGUGGUGCAGAAGGUUUCUCAGGGUCUACCGCUUUUCUGUGCGAGCCGUCACCCGUCAAGGCCAGAAACUUCCUACCGGCUGGCCCGUGAUCGCCAUGCAGGCGAUCAAGGAGUGGAGGAGGCUGAAGUACGACGUCCCUUCCGCGCUCGAGCUUGCGGACGGAGUCGAAUGCCUGGGGGCAGUGGCGGGAGGCAGCGCGAGCGGCAGCGGGGGUGGGAGUGGCGCUGGAGUUCCGUCGGGGCCGAGUCCCAAGUUCGCCUUGGCGCAGAUCGCCAACAUGGAUGAGACUCCUACGUGGAUGGAGAACCCGGGGAACAACACUGUGAACCGCACCGGCGACAAGGAGGUUGGCGUCAAAACCGGUGGCAAGGAGAAGAUGCGCAUCACUUCGGUCCUGACGGUGUUCGCCGACGGCAGCAAGCUGCCGCCCCUCGUCAUCUUCAAGGGCCAGCCCACGCCGAAGGGGAAGGCCCCUGCCGCCAACAGCAUCGAGCGCGAGUUCAAGGACUACAAGGACAAGAAGGGCUACGCAUACCCUCGAGGUGUCGUCUACGCCGUGGACCCGAAGGCAUGGCACUCCCAGCGGGUGUUAAACGAGGUCUGGCUGCCUCAGGUGUGGAACCAGCGCCCGGGGCGGCAGGGUCGCCUGGGCAGCUACCGUCAGCCUGACACACUGCUGGCGUGGGACGACUACACCGUCCACAAGACGGACGCGUCUACCAAGGCGAUGGCGGAGUCCAACACGACGCUGUUUCUCAUCCCGGGAGGCCUGACUCCCAAGCUCCAGCCGUGCGAUGGCUUCGUCAACAAGAUCUUCAAGGCAAACAUGUCCAGGCUCUACGACCACCACAUGGCUUCCCCUCACGUCAAACGCGGCGACCACGGCUACCCGGAGGCCCCUUCGCGGGGGUUAGUCGAACAGUGGGUCAAGAAGUCGUGGGAAGCCUUGACCGCGGAUGAAGUCCGCGCGAGCUGGAGGAAGGCUGGCCUGCUGCUUCCCUUCGACGGGUCGGAAGACGAGGCCUGGGCCAACAAGGAGCUCAACUCCAACGCCCAGGAGGAGCCCCUCGACGCGCCAUCGGCCGGUGCGGACAAGGCUGACUCUUCGUCGGGAAGCGGCAACUUGCUGGAGGUGUUGGAGAUCGACGAUGACGACACGGGCGUGGUGGUGGUAACAUCAGCGACGACGAGGGCGAGGAGCCGUGAGGCAUCGGCGGCGAUGCUGGUGUUGAGAAAUGGCUUGGGGUGUCCUUCUCAUGUUCCCUCGCAUUUCUCCUGGCGUGCGGUUCUCUUCCUUCGUCGUGUGUUUUCUUCGACGCGUCGAGUGCAACGUAGUGUUGUUUGCGGUAGUGGUUAGUGGUCUUGAUUUUUUCGGUCGAGGUGACGUAGCAAGGUAGGUAGCAGCGGCCUACUAGGUUUGUUUGUGAGGGGGUAGGACGGAAUGGCCACUCUGUAGCGACCGCCUGGCAAUAUAUCGGGCGAGGUACCUUUGAUUUUGUGUUUUUAGUUUUUGAUCCUGCAAUCAUGAUAGAAACACGGAUGCUGCUUGGUAGAUGGACCCGUUAUCAUUUUUGGUUCUUGUCCCCGCCGUUCCUGGGUCAUAACGUAUACCUAGCUCCCAGGCGACGCCUUACUUGCCGCAGCGCCGCGGGGCGCGGGCGCCCUCGAUCCUAACAUUUUUUCGUUUUUUUCUGCUCCAUUCAAGUCCGUUUUUGUUUGAAACUUUCUUUGGCGUUGAGCGGGUAACACAUCGUCGAGGUCAUGUGCUCAAGCGUUUCGUCACCUCCGUUGAGCCCCGUCUGUUUACCACAUCUCGCAGUAUUACAUUACGGUAGGU